AUGGCUACUCUGGACGAAAAACCCUCUCCCAUGACACACAACGAAGACAUCGAAUCUGCCCGCGUGUCUAACGAUGCCAUCGUCCAUGAUCGAAAGGCAUCUCUAAAGCAUGGUGAUCGAGCUCUGGCAUUUGUCGGAGACGAAAGAAUCCCACUUACCGAAGAAGAUAACAAGCGGAUUCGCAGAAAGACCGAUAAGGUCAUCCUCUCCAUUCUCAUCUGGGUCUAUUUCCUUCAGAUCUUGGACAAAUCCGUCCUCGGAUAUGGCGCGCUCUUCGGCCUCCAAACAGAUACCAACCUUACAGGCGACCAAUAUUCCCUCCUCGGUUCUAUUGCCCCCAUCGCCCAACUGGCCUGGCAGCCGUUCUCCUCCUUCUUGAUUGUCAAGGUGCCCCAUCGAAUCCUAAUGCCCGUUCUGUGCUUGGGAUGGGGUGUUGCACAGGCUUCCAUGGCCGCGUGCCACAACUACAGCUCUUUGAUGGCUGCCCGCUUCUUUCUCGGACUCUUCGAGGCCGGCUGUCUGCCACUUUUCAGCGUGAUUACCAGCCAGUGGUAUCGUCGUGCUGAACAACCAGUCCGCGUCGCUGCUUGGUAUGGAACAAACGGCUUGGCCACGAUUGCAGCUUCAGCCCUCUCCUACGGUCUGGGCCAUAUCCCGUCAAGCACUUUGGAAGAAUGGCAGAUCAUUUUCCUCUUUGUCGGUCUGGUGACCAUUGUGUCUGCCCCAGUUGUCUGGUGGUUUCUGGACAACGACAUCCCCUCUGCACGAUUUUUGACCGAGCAAGAGAAGGCGCAAGCAAUUGAACGUCUUCGUGCCAACCAGACUGGUACAGGUUCGCGAGAGUUCAAAUGGGCGCACAUUUCCGAGCUUGCCUUGGAGCCGAAGACGUACCUUUGGAUCGGAAUGUCGCUUUUGCUCAAUGUUGGUGCCUCCGUUACCAAUACUUUCGGACCUCUUAUUCUCCAGGGCGUCGGCUUUGACAAAUACAAGACCUCUCUGCUGAACAUGCCCUUUGGAGCCAUGCAGCUGCUCGUCAUCCUGAUCGCAUCAUAUGCAGCACAAAAGGCCAAGCUCAAAUCUGCGGUGCUUGCUGCCCUCAUGAUUCCGGUCAUUGCAGGCCUGGCCGUUCUCUACGUCCUUCCCCGUAACUCGGGCAACAUUGGAGGGUUGCUUGUGGCUUAUUACCUCCUGGCAUUCCUUUUCGGUGGCAACCCUUUGAUCGUUACCUGGAUUGUAGGCAACACAGGUGGCACCACCAAGAAAUCGGUCGUCAUGUCUCUCUACAAUGCUGGCUCUUCCGCCGGCAACAUCAUCGGCCCAUUGCUGUUCAACAAGAAGGACGCCCCCGCGUAUCAUCCAGGCUUGCGAAAAGUCCUUGCAGUUUUCGUCACGCUGGUGGCCGUCAUCGGCAUGCAGUUGGUGAAUUUGAUGUUCUUGAACAAGCUCCAUUCAAGGACUCGAGUCAGAAAUGGCAAGGCUGCCGUGAUUAAAGAUCAUUCUAUGGAAGACAAGUACUCGCCGUUGGACGAGGAGGUCGAUGAGAAUGGCCACAAGCUGGGUGAGAGGGCUUUCUUGGAUCUGACGGAUCGCAAGAACGACGAGUUCACCUAUAUUUACUAA